UUCUCUUACACAAUUAGAGAGCACUUGAGUACCAAACCAAAGAGAGAGAAAGAUCGAAAUUCGCUGGGAUUUGUGUAAAACAACUCGCAAUAGUUAGUCGAAGUAAAUCCCCACGAAAAGAUCGACAAUUUGGUCCAAAAAUCUGCAGUUUUCGCGAGUCCUACAAAAGUGGGUGCAAGGAGAGCAAAGGACUGGAAUUUGUGGCUUCAACUUCAUCAAAAUUGUGUCAAGGAUGGUCGCAAUUUGGUUGUUAUGUCAUUAUAAUGAUCGGAAUUUUGAUGUGAGGGUACAAGAUACUGAUGAAACGAACUACAUGGAUUUGGUUGAUGACUUGUUUGAUGAUUCUAUUAAGCAAGAUGUUCUGAUUCCCGAUUUAUUUAGAUUGUUUUAUGUUAAUCCUAGUACGAAUAAAAGAGUAGAAAUGUUGAAUGAUGUUGGUUUGAUGGGCAUGUGGGGUUUAUUUAAGCGCACAGAUACUGUGGAAAUAUGGAUAGAGAAGGCAAAUGAGAAGGAAACUUCAAUCCAAUUUAGGACUGCAGUUAAGAAAAGGAAGGAUAGGAAGGAAAGGAAGGCUGCAGAACUUAGAAGGAAAGCUGAGGAGUUUGAGAGGGAGAGGGAAGAGGAAAGGAGAAGGUUAGAAAGGGAGGCUGAGAUUCAAAGGGAUUUGGAGGAGCAAUUGGCAAACACAGUGGCAGUUGAGGUGCCUGUGUAUGAUGUUGAGGAUUUAAGCGUAGAGUACGUACGUGUUUACAGCUCACAACAUGCUGACUGCCUUUCCCCGGGAGGUUCCCAACCACCAAAUACACAAAAAGAGCCUUCACCACCACCAAGAGAGCCCUCACCACCACCAAAUGUUCCAUCACCACCAAGAGAGCCCUCACCACCACCAAAUAAUCCAUCACCACCACCAAGAAGUCCCUCACCACCACCAAAUAAUCCAUCACCACCACCAAGAAGUCCCUCACCACCACCAACCUCACCACAGACACAACCACAGCAACAACAACAACAGACAGAACAUCAGCAACAACAACAAACAGAACAUCAACAACAACAACAAACAGAACAACAGCAACACCAACCCACAGAACAGCAGCAACAACAUCAAACAGAACACCAGCCAGAUCAGACACCCCCUCCUAACAGGGCUGAGUUAAACAAAGGGAGGGGUUUCAGAAUUUCCAGAAGUCAUGCUAAGAAGACGGGUGAGUUUGUUCCUAAGAAGAGGGGGGGAAGGCCUGCUGGUUCAAGGGUGAGGAAACCCACUGCAUACAAUGUGGAGGAAGAGGAGCAAUGGGAUGAUGAGAGUGAUGAUGAAAAUUUUGAGGAGAGUGAGAGUGAUAGUGAAACUGGUUUCAACUCCGACGAUUUCAUUGACGAAGAAAUUGAAGAAGAUGAAGAACAAGAUGUUCUUAAGGAGGUAAUUUCUGAGAGAAGUUUUGAGGAUCAUUUAGAUGGGAGUAAUAAGCUGGAUAAUUUGUAUGCAAAUGGGAAAGUUGUGGGAAGCAUGCCAUGGGGGACUAUCAAGUUGCAACCAUGGAUGAUAUUCCAAAGCAAGACACACUUCAUGGAGGUCUUCAGAGACUUCUGUAUUCAAGAGGGAUUUGCUGUGAGUGUUGAAAAGGCCGAUACAACCAGAUUCACUGCAAUGUGUCUGGUUGAGUCAUGCAAUUGGAGGAUCCAUGCCUGUGUGUUGUUGGAUGGGGUCAGUUGGGCCAUUAAAACUCUUGUCAGUGAGCACAAGUCUUGUGGGAGACUUGAGGAGAAUCCCAUGGUGACAUCUCAGUGGCUAUGCACCAAACUACUUCCUGACAUUGAAGCAAAUCCAGAAAUCCCAAUUAAGACACUUCAAAGAAAGGCAUUGGGGAUUUAUAGGGUACAAGUGAAACAGAGGUUGAUGUACAAGGUGAGAAGCCUCGGGAGGCAGUAA